GAGACGUGCGGACGGAACUGAGCAGUAACUGAACAUUGAGCUGGCUCUGUUAGAACGGUUAUUUAGUUAUCAGGAACAGUGCAUGCUGACAUUGAGGUUUUUAUGUGUGUGUUUUUUGGAACUGGACUGGAAUCAGGAUUUAAUAUUGGAUAUGAUGCUCAACUGACAUAAACAUGGACUGGACUUCAUGGAUUUCUUUUUUGGUUGUGUUAAUAAACGCCCCAGUUUACAUAGGAGGUGAACCACUGGAAUUAAAUGUGACAUUAGACAUAUGGGAGGGAAAUGUAACUGUGCUCUGGGAUCCCCCUAAAGGAGCCCCCGUAUAUGCCCUUUAUCAAGUAAAGACAGCACUAUAUAUGCUUCCUAAUGCUGAAUGGGACAUUGUGACAGAGUGUAACAUGACUACAGAAACUAGAUGUGAGCUUGGGAACUUUUUAUACAAACCGUUAAUGAAAAUAAAAAUUGGACUGUUUAAAGGAAAUUACAACUUUUCCUGGUCAGCAGCAAGACGAAUUCGUUUAUUUAAGAGCAAAUUGUUGGCUCCAGAGUUUGACCUGUCUUCCUCCCCUAAUACGGUGAAGGUUAAGAUUUAUAGAAAGUCAUUUCUCAAUGAUCUUUUUGAAUAUGGAUCAAUUUACUCUGUCAUUCUGUACCCAAAAGGACAGGAGAGUCAGGCUUUAACAGUAAUUGAUGAUGAUGAAGAUGGAGAGGUGGAGUUCACAUCAUUACCGUUAUGGGAGGAGUAUUGUAUCCAUGUGAAAGUGGAGAUGACAUCUAGUGAUGUGAGCAACACUUCCUUACCACGCUGCAUAUAUCCAUCAGCAGAUGUGUCCCUGGUGAUCACCAUGGCCGUUAUUGGUGUAGUUGGAGUCAUAUCUUUCUUCAUGUUUGCAGUCUGUUUUUUCCUGAGGCGUCCUGGUAAAAUGCCUGCUGUUCUGAAAUCUGCUGUGAAUGGAUGGAAUCCUAUGAAUGUCGGAUUGAUCCAAGUGGAAACAGUCACUGACAAGGGAUGGCUCCUGACUAGCAACAAAUUAGCGGGAAAGAGUAAAGCAUUUGAUGAGAAAAAGGACCUUUUGGAGGAGGACAAAGAGAGAAGAGAGAGUACAGACAGUGGAGUGAGUGUCGGCCAGCAGCAUUCGAUUAAGAACCGAGGCCCAGAUGGACUUACGGGACAGGAAGACAGCGGCUGUGGCAGUCUGACAGGCACAGAGGACAGUCUCAGCAGUGGAAGAAGAAGCCUGGAAGAGCUCCCUUUUCUAGAUGGUGAAGUAAAUAGCAUCAAUGAAAGUGAAAGAAAAGAGGACAGUGGCUUGGGAAUGGGAAACCAGGAUGCUUCCGACAGUCUCAAGGGAAUGGACGGUGACCUCCUGUCUGAGAUAGUAGUAGUUGGUGAUGGAUAUCGUAGUCAGAGUCCUUCAGCUGAUGCUGAAAGUGAGGCCACCAUCCCAUGUGAUGUAGAUGCCAACAUGGCUAGCCCUAGCAGUGGCUAUCGGUCUGGUCAUGUGAUGUGCUUGUGUUCUAAUGUUGAGACUUGCAUGUGGUGCAAUACCAGGAAGCUCCUAACAGACAGUGAUCCAUUGUCUCAUGAGCAAACCAGCUGUAAUUUCACAACCGAUAAUAACAAUGACAGACCAAACUAUUCAAAAAAAUCACCUUUACAGUCUGUUAAUGUAUCAGGAUUGGAAGAUUCAUCCUUCCAGUCAGACGAGAACUGUGGUGAGUCGUCACUUUUUAUCACCUGUCCUCUACUUCUACAAGAGCCUUGCCAGCUGGACACUGUGUCUCUUAAAUUUGAAGACGUAGAACGGACAUUCACGUGAGAUGUGAGACUUGUUCAUGGUUGUGAAAGCACUGAACAAUCCGUAUCUGCUUCUCCUCAUGCUGUUUGUCCAGCCGGCAUUUAUUUCUCGUUUAGAGCGGCAGCAGGGAGAUGCUAAAUAUGGCUGUGUCGCUGAUACUGGACUAUCAGAAGUGGGGCUGACCCUCUGUGACUUCCUGCAUGCAUCGGGUCAUAAUUUUGCCCAUAUGCUGACUAUAGAGGAGACAUUCAAGCUACUACUUGAGUGGCCAAGAGUGAGAUACUAUCAGAAUAUGAUGACAAUGACGAUGAGUCUAAUCUCAUGUACCCCCC